GGGCAGGCCUACCUGGGGAGGGAGGAAAUAAGGCUGCCAGGAGGAGCCUGACAGAGCCUGGGGCCGGGGCAGGGGCAGAAACGAGGUGGGGGGCAGAAGAUGGGCCUGGGGCUGCAGCCAGAUGACUCGUCUCUGCUCUGUGCCCCACGCCCGCCCCAGCCUCCGGUUCUGCCUUGCCCGCGCCUCGCCCCCAGCCGCCUGAGGAGCCGGCCGGGCCCCGGCCCUGGCCCAGCCCGAGGUCUGCAGAGUCUGGGCAGGGCAGGCAGGCUCCGAGCUGUCCUGUGGCAGACACACCCGGGAACCGGGCCUCUUGCCACCUGGCUCCCAACGUCCCGUUUCCCAAAACACCCCGAGGCCCUGAGAGUCCUGAGUGACGAGCAGCCUCCGCAGAGCCAGGCUGCUUUAAGUCCCGCUCCCUGCCGGGCUGACCCUACGCACCCAUUUCCAGCUUUCAGUUUCUCAGUUUCCCCAUCUGUAAGAUGGGGAUAACGGCAGGCAGCACCUCCCUCAUUUGGUCGCCAGGGCAAUUCGCUUCAAGCCCCAAGUUUGUGUCCAGCCAGCUGGACGCGGACAUGCGAGAGGUGACCCUAAGUCUGCUCAUCCUCCUGACAGGCCCGCCUGCCCUGGACGCCAACGACCCAGAAGAUAAAAACAGUCCUUUCUACUAUGACUGGCACAGACUCCGAAUCGGUGGACUCAUCUGUGCUGGGGUUCUGUGCACCAUCGGCAUCAUCGUCCUCAUGAGUGAGUGGGACACUGGUGGCCGUGCUGGCAGGGCAGGGCUGCGGGCCCGGGUCCUCUCUCCCAACCAUCCCCUCUCCCCAACAGGUGGGAAAUGCAAGUGCAAGUUCAGCCAGAAGCCCAGUCACCAUCCAGGGGACGCCCCUCCUCUCAUCACUCCAGGCUCUGCCCAUCACUGUUGAGGAUGGAUCGACCAAAAGGACAUGGACGUCCCUUCUCUUCCCCCAAGUCUUGGCUCUGCAUGGGGGCUUGGACUCCAGGAUGGAAGUCUCCCUCCUCUCCUCAGACCGCCUUGCCAGGGUCUCAUCUCACCUCUCACUGGGGGUGGGGGUGGGGUGUCUUUCUGUUCGAUUUUUAAUCUAAAAGUUGAUCGUGUCUCCUG